AUGCGGACCAAAGCGUUGUCUUUGUCGCCUGAAACGGAGGAUUCGCCGUUGAAGAAGAAUCUGAUGGAGUCCGAAAUGAAAAAGAGCGAGAUUUACCCAGGAGGAAUGCCGAAGAUGGGUCCAUUCACGGGUAGAGAUCCGAAUGUGAAGAAACCUUCUUGGUUGAGACAAAAGGCACCACAAGGUGAGAAGUUUCAGGAGGUGAAGGAAUCGCUUUCACGUCUUAAGCUCAAUACUGUUUGUGAGGAAGCUCAGUGCCCUAAUAUCGGCGAGUGUUGGAAUGGAGGUGGUGAUGGUAUAGCAACUGCAACCAUCAUGGUUCUUGGUGAUACAUGUACUCGUGGGUGUAGAUUUUGUGCAGUUAAAACGAGUAGAAAUCCUGCUCCUCCUGAUCCAAUGGAACCAGAGAACACUGCCAAGGCCAUAACCAGUUGGGGUGUAGAUUACAUAGUGAUUACCAGCGUAGACCGUGAUGAUCUACCUGAUGGUGGAAGUGGACAUUUUGCGCAGACUGUAAAAGCGAUGAAGAGACUUAAGCCGGAUAUAAUGAUAGAAUGCUUAACUUCUGAUUUCCGUGGAGACUUGGAGGCUGUCGACACGCUUGUACACUCGGGAUUGGAUGUUUUUGCUCACAAUAUCGAGACUGUGAAAAGGCUCCAGCGACUUGUGAGGGAUCCUAGGGCUGGAUACGAGCAGAGCAUGUCGGUUUUGAAACACGCAAAGAUCAGCAAACCUGGAAUGAUCACAAAGACAUCCAUAAUGCUUGGUCUUGGAGAAACAGACGAAGAGUUAAAGGAAGCAAUGGCUGAUUUAAGAGCUAUAGACGUUGACAUUCUAACACUCGGCCAGUAUUUACAGCCAACUCCAUUGCAUUUGACUGUGAAAGAGUAUGUCACACCUGAGAAGUUUGAUUUCUGGAAAACAUAUGGAGAAUCAAUCGGAUUUCGAUAUGUUGCAAGUGGUCCACUGGUGAGAUCUUCAUACAGAGCAGGGGAGCUUUUUGUUCAGACAAUGGUGAAAGAAAGCUACUCUAAAUCAUCGUCUUAG